AAAGAAACAGCACGGCCAUGCUCGGACUUGUCCUUCGCGUAUAUCAUUAUUCAUAAGCUCGAUGUCUGUUUAAGAUGGAAAAACAGUAUUCAACGUUGAACACAGACAUCGUGAAAAAGUGUCACCUCAUUGUUGAGGUUAAGUCAACGAGUUCUUCAAGCUCGGAAACUGUUAAAAAUGUAUUAGCGAACUUACAGGCCGCUGGGUUUCGUGUGGCUGUUCGUCCUGCUUCUGAGACGACAAUCUUUGUUUUUGUGCAAGCUCCAGAGCCUCUCAUUCACGACUUGGUUGAUGAAGACAGAAAGGAAUCUUUUCUUUGCGGUCUACUGAACAGACCUGAGGACAUGGACUCCUAUGGCAGCUGUUUAAUUGAACCCUCGGAAGCUCUCCGUGUUGUGUUUGAAAGAUUAACAGGUCUUCAGAAGAAGGUUGUUUGGGAAUGGGCCCUGGGUGCAAGGCUUAUCCGGACAUUGUCAAAAUCUUUGCACCCCAUAACAAAACACAAUGUUAAAGCGCACUUAGGUUCCGAAGUUUCUUUGUACUUUGCGUUUAUGCAAUUCUAUUUCUUAAACUUAGUUGUCCCCUCUGCUUGGGGUGUAUUUUGUUACUAUUUUUUGGGUGAUUAUUCUUUUAUUUUUGCGUUCGGCAUCCUUCUUUGGGGAAUAUUUUUCGCACAAGCUUGGAAAGUGCGCGAACGCUCGCUUUCCCAACGUUGGUCAAUCAACGGAUGUGACCGCAAGGAGAAAUGCGUGCAGGAAUUUAAGCCUUUGAGUUUCAAAGUUGACUCUUUCACCGGCCGCGCUCGCCCAUUCUUUCCCCAGUGGGAAACCGUGCUGAGAACAUUACCUACAGUUCCACUCCUCUUGGUUUCAGGUGGUGUUUUGCUGGGUUUGUUGGCCGGUAUUUUCGCCUUGGAGGUGUACCUUGUUGAAUUGUACAAUGGUCCCCUAAAGUUUUUGCUUACAUUGCUUCCAACUGUCGCGUUCCAGGCGUGUACAAUUCCAUUCUUCAUGAUCUAUAGAGUGGCUGCUAAGAAGUUGACCGAUUUGGAGAACCGACGCACUGAGAAGGAAUAUGCUAUGUCCUUCAGUCGUAAAGUAUUCUUGUUUAAUUUUAUGGUUUCGUACACCGCUUUAUUCCUCACUGCAUAUGUGUACGGACCCUUUUCCAAACGCAUUGUUGCACAUUAUAGUUCAAAACUUAAUGUUUUCUCCAGGUUCCACACUGACAGCUUUCAGGGAAAUCCCUUGAGAUUACGAAGCCAAUUUCUCUACUUUCUUACUAAUGCGCAACUGAUUAAUUUCAUUACCAAUCUGUUGGUUCCGGCGGUUUUACGUGCGGUUAAGAAAUUGAUUAAGCAAAAGAGAAAAAGUGUGCCUUCUAUUGUUAUUCAAGAUGAUGAACUUGAGCAUGAGGUUUUGGAGUCUUACAGAGCACAAUCCGAAUUGCCUCCAUACGACUCGUAUACUGAUUAUCGGGAAAUGAUAAUCCAAUUCGGAUAUGUUGUUAUGUUUUCCCCCAUAUUCCCCUUGGCGCCAGUAUUUUUCCUUGUCAAUAAUUUCUUUGAAAUUCGUGGUGAUAUGGCCAAAAUCACAAACGAGAUGCAACGUCCUCUUCCAUCUCUGAAAGAUAGUAUUGGUUUGUGGAAUCAGUGUUUGCAGUUGCUGAGCUGGCUCGGUAGCAUGACCUUGACAUCUCUGUGUUACUAUUACACAUCUAAUGACGCAUUUUCCUCCAAGAGUAUGCCCAUUGCGAUGUUGAUUGCAUUGUUCGCCGAGCACGUUUGGGUAUUGCUUCGUUACUUCGCAGUGUCUAUUUUGCCAGUAAACGAGGAAGAAGGACAGCCUUAUGCUACACGGAAGCGGUAUCUCGAGGAGCACCCUCUUUCUGCCGAGAAACGCUCACUUGAGGAAAAGAGUGAAGAGAUCGAUACAUCUGUUUUCGUUGACGCGGAAAAGGUGUUGGAUGUUUAUUUAAAACAGGAAACGAAGAAAGAUCGGUGAUAAUGUUAAAAUAAAAAAAAAAUCGAAGUUACACUCCAGUAGUGUGAACGAAAUUUGUUAACUGACGAUAUAACUGCAGGCAGUUUCUAAGCAAAAUAUAAUGCAAACUCUGGGACACAACCUGGUUUACUACGUUUGUAAUAAAAAGGAUUUACAUGUCAAAUCCGAGAAGAACAUCACAGUUUUCUGUAAAUUCUCCUGAUAGCAAUCUACCCUAAAAAAAUAAGCCUGUUGAAGUUAUUCACUAAUACUUUGUUUCUUAGUUUUGAUUCCACAUUCUCAGGACUAGUUUACAUUCAUAAAUUUAUUGAAACUACCAAGGAGCUGAAGCAUUUUCGCAUUAUGUAUUGUAAGCUAGUUUUUCUUUGAAGGGAUUGUAGUAACUCUUUUUCUUUAGAAUCUUUCCUGAGUACGAAUAAAUACUUACUGUGAUUGCAGAUUCUAUGCUUAUAGCAAAUUUGAUAUUCAAAAUUGGUAACGCAAAAUACAGAUCUAAAUAAACAUGACAAAGGAAUUGUGUGUCUCCGAGUUCCAUUAUCAGUUUUACUAAAUUCAUAAGAUUUUUUACAUAUGAUGUAAAAAGCUUUACUUUUCGAUUGCAUUAUUAAACAGUAUAAAUUAAUAAAUAAACUAAGUACGCAGAA